AACGUACCGUAUGCGCCGAUGUUUUGAGAAAUUGUCGCAGUCGCGGUUGUUCCUGUUGCAAAAUAUGCCGCUGCUUCACACGGCCUAACGAUCGGACGAUAUUUCGGUGACACGCUGUACGCAUCGUAAACGAAACUGCAUUAAAGAAGAAUCAUGUUUUACGCACAUUUUGUGUUGGCCAAAAAAGGGCCUUUGGCUCGUAUAUGGCUGGCUGCUCAUUGGGACAAAAAAAUAACAAAGGCACAUGUGUUUGAAACUAAUAUAGAAAAAUCAGUGGAUGGUAUAUUACAACCAAAAGUUAAAAUGGCCUUGAGAACAUCCGGUCAUUUAUUAUUGGGAGUCGUACGAAUCUACUCAAGAAAAGCCAAAUAUUUAUUGGCCGAUUGCAAUGAAGCUUUUGUAAAAAUUAAAAUGGCCUUUAGGCCUGGAAUGGUAGAUCUACCUGAGGAACAUAGAGAGGCGGCUGUAACAGCUAUUACUUUGCCAGAAGUAUUUCAUGAUUUUGAUACUGCUAUGCCUGAACUUAAAGAUGUUGAUAUUGAAGCUCAAUUUAGUUUGAAUCAAUCUAGAGCAGAGGAAAUAACAAUGAGGGAAGAUUAUGGCAGUUUAUCUUUGGUUACACAUGAUCAAGGUUUUGGUGACAUGAGUUUUGAUGCAGAGCCACCAGAAUUACUACGACAUGGUAGUGGUAUGGAACCUUCAUUAGAUCAGAGUCACAUGUUGUUUAGCGACGGUCCAGGAAUAGAAACAGCAUUGGAACAAAAAGAAAAAGAACCAGUUGCAGGAACAUCUGCUACGACGCAACCUAUGGACAUAGAUACACCUAUCAGAGACGAUGGUUUUGGUGGUCAUCUUGGCCAAGAUAUCAUAUCGGGAGGCCUUUUUGAAGGUGGUUUAUUUGACGAAGCUCCAAUGGGUGAGGUACCUGUACCUGAGGUUAGUUCGAUAACUGAGCAACAGGAAGCAGGUACAGCUCCUGGAACUGCUGCAUCUGUGCACGAUGAAUCUGAUGAAGAUAUGGGCGAUCAUUUUGGUGGUCCAGGGUCUCCAAUGGGAGGCAUGAGCACUGACGGCUCCAGACCGGCUACACCAGCAGCAGCUGGAGAAGAAAUGGACGGAAGAAUAAGCGUCGCCAGUCGACGCUUUACACCAGCUCCACCAGUUAUACCAGAGGAACAUGCCAUUGAUAAUGUAGAAGAACCACCACCUUUACAAGAACAAACCACAUUGUUACACGACGACGAAGAAAGCUUUGCGUUACCUCCAAUCGAUGCAUCCAUUCUAAAAGGUUUCACAAAAACUAAGCGCAAACGUAAACUCAUUGUUGAUGAAGUAAAAAAUAUCUCUGGUGAAGAGAUGAAGGCACAGCUAUCUGAUACUAGUGAUAUUAUCACAACAUUGGACUUGGCACCACCUACAAAAAGAUUGAUGCAUUGGAAGGAAACAGGCGGCGUAGAGAAGCUUUUUGCUCUACCAGGAAGUUCUAUUCCAGCUCGUGUUUUGUUUAAGAAUUAUCAAAGACAUCUAACCAGCAAGUCUUAUGAUCAUGAAGAUUUUGGACGACUUGGAGCUGAGGAAGAUGGUAUGUCUCUAGAGCAAAUGAGAGAUGCUCCAGAAGUAGAGCCAUCUUAUGAGCAAAGUAUUCUCAAUAAGCGUACAGCACGAAAACGCAAAGCGCCACAGGAUGAUGAAAUAAAACAACCUCCUCAACCACCUCAACCAACGCCAGCGGAUGUUAGCCAACCGUCGGCGAACGCUGUUGAGGCAGUAGAAAUUCCGAGCAUAAUCGCGCAACAUGAUCUUCCUACGGAAUCAUCUAUAUCGUCCGAAGUACCUUUACCUGAACCAUCGGUUUCCGACAUAAGUAGCAUUGUGCCUUCUAGGGAACCAUCGGUGGUAGCACCACCGACUACUGAAACAUCAUUGCUCAGUUCUGAAAUACCACAAAUUGCACCAGCUGAAGUCAACUCAGUACUCGACACACACGAAGAAACGCAAGUACCACCACAAGAGGAAGCCGUUGCCGCCAUACAAACAUCCGAUAUGCCGCAGAUGGAAAAUAUGGGUUAUGAUCAAGCACAACCGCAAGUUUCGUACAUGGGCUAUGAUGAACAUCAUCUUCCAGCACAUACACCUGGUGCAAUUUCAGAAAGAGGGCCCGCCACACCAUGGAAUCAUGAAGAUUACGAGUUUCCGCCAUCUGUGGGACCUCAAGAGGAACAACAAAUGGAUGAAACUUAUGAACAGUUUGAAGAGCGCGUUCUUAACAAAAGAGCAGCGCAUAUGUAUCAUGUUAUUAAGAGCAAACUAGAUACCAAAGAUAAACUAACACUAUCGGAUAUGGCAUUCAAAAAUAAUCGCAAACAGGUUGCACAGAAGUUUUAUACACUAUUAGUUCUGAAAAAGUUCCAAGUAUUAGAACUCAAUCAAGAAUAUUCAUAUGCUGAGAUUAUAGUCACAAAAGGACCAAAAUUCGAAAAUCCCGCGUUGUAAAGAUGGAUUCUUAUUAACCUUGCCAAAUUUUUUUGUUCUUUCAAAAAUCAGUAGUGUUUUGUAUCAUUCAUUAAUCUAAACAGGGUUAAAUAAAAUUAGUAAAUAAUUAAAGAAUAUUUUACAACAUAUAUAUGUACCAUUAUUAGUGAGUCUACAUUACAAGAAGGUCCAAUAUCACAGAUACACUAUUGACAUAGCUUACUAAAUUUUGAUAUAAUUAUUAAUUUUAAUGAUAAAUAUUUAAUAUAAUAGGAUAUUAAUGCAGUGUGAAAUAUUUCUAGUUUGUUAAUUACAAAUUCCAAGAACAUUAAUUCUCAAGAGAAUUUAUUUAUAGUGCUUAUAUAUAUAUAUAUAUAUAUAUAUACACACACACUUAUUUGUAAUGUAAGCAGUUAUUAAUGGAAGACAUGAUUUAACUAUUGGUGAAUAAUAAUUUUAUGUAUUAUAUUUAUAUUGUUAGGAAAAAAAUAUUCUCUAUAUUUCUGCAAAAAUAUUUGAGUAUACAAAAAAGUAGACAUAAAAAAAACAUGGAAGUUUAUAAUUUUUUUUUUUAUAAUAUCUCAUUUAUAAUUGGUAUAUCUAUUUCGUGAAAAGCACGUGUAAAAUAUUUCAUUUCGCAAUAUCUACUUAAAAAGUAAAUAAAAAUGAUUAUAUUAAAUAGAUAAACAACACAAUUUAAUUGUGAUGCUGUUUUCUGAAAGAAAGUACUGAGAGUACUAUAGUAUCAAAGAAAAUUAAUGAUUGUUUAAUGCUUUAAUGAUUUAUCGUUGCAUUUAUAUAUCUAUCUUAUGAGGAAUGUUACAAAAAACAAACAUAUUUUAACAAAUAAAUUGUUUUAUCAUUAAAAUUUUGCAAUAAAGUCGCAAAUUUAUAUUAUAAAUAAACAUGCUAAAAUCAAGAUAAAAUGCAUUGUUAAAAUAUAAUCAUAAAAAAUAAUUUAAUGUCAUCAGUUAACUGCCAUAAUGUAGCAAAUAUAUUAUAGAUAACAUCUGCUCAUCAAAAAAAUUAUUUUAAAAAAGUAAUAUUAUUUAUGUAUAGUAUUGUUUAUAAGUAAUAUCGAACUUUAUAAACAUACAUAUCACAUAAUACUUAAAACUGUUAUUCCAUUAUUUUCCAUUAAUGAACUGUUAUACUAUAUAUAUUACGUAUAUAUGUAAUAAUUUAUAUUAAGUUAUACUAAAAUAUUCUUUUAUAUAUCAUCAUUUCUAUCUUUUAUAUAUGCUACAAGUGACAUCUUUAAGCCUCUAAAAUAUGCUUACUUUAAUAUUCAAUUAUACAAUAUUCAUUCUUUUUUAUUAUUGCAUGUGAUCAUAUUAUUUCAUUGUAAUAAACAAGCAUCUUUGGAUGGCACAUUGAUAUAAUUAGCAUAGAAAUAAAAUAUAUUAUUGAUGUAUUAUAAAUAUAUAUGAACCAUGAUUAUUAUAUAUUAACUA